AUGGCUACAUCCUACAAUCAAGUCGUUCUUUUUGGAGACUCACUCUUUGAGAAGGCGAGUUUUGUCGAAGAUGGCUACUCUCUUCAAUCGGCGCUGCAGAUGCACUGCAACCGACGCCUUGAUGUUGUGAACAGAGGCAUGUCAGGCUGGAACUCGAGGCAUGCGCUGCAAUACCUCCCUCAAAUAUUUCCCGCCCGCUCUGAAACGUCCCCAAGAAUAGAGUACUUGGUUAUCCUUCUGGGAGCCAACGAUGCAACCAGGCUCGAUCACCCAUCGAACAGACAGGGAGUCUCUCUGGCAGAGUAUGAGUCGAACAUCUUGAGCAUUGUCAACCACGAACACAUUAAAGCCCAUAAGGCAAGAAUUUUGCUCGUCACUCCUCCCCCACUGGAUGAAAUCGGCAUGGCACUCACGGACUUGGCAUUUGGAAUGGGGGAGGUCACACGUUACGCCCGCCUCAGCGCCAAGUUCUCCCAGGCAGUUCGGGACAUAGCGGCAAAGCUACAGUCAGAGGGUCGCGAUGUCCGACUGCUGGAUUUGCACGAAGCCAUCAUGUCAGAAGCUGAGAAGCGUACCCCUAGGGAGCCUGGCACACCACUCCUAGGCUACCCAGGAGGUGUCAGAGGUGCUUUGGAAACGCUACUACCCGAUGGGCUUCACAUAAACGCCGAUGCGUACAAAAUCUUGUACAGCCUCAUCAUGCGUAACAUGGACGCCUUUCCACCAUACCCGGAGGGGUAUGUGCAUCCGGACUGGUGGACUCUUGUCUAUGGCAAGACGAAAGAUCAGUUCAUGGAAGAACAACAACGAAACCAAUCCUAG